CGCUGAAUAAAAUGGCCGCUCGGAGCGGGGUCCGCCUCCUGGGCUUUGUGCGGUUGGGGCCCGCACGGCGGUCUUUCUCGCGCGCCCCGGCCUUGGCUGCCCCUCCCACCGCCGAGCAGCUGGCGGAGAAAAUGCGGGCCCAGAAGCGGGAGCAGCAGAACGCGCAGAAGCAGAUUCCAAAAGACAGUGUACAGAGGCGUGUCCAAGAACUUGCUCAGCUAACUGAGCAGUUGAAGCGGGUUCAUCCUAAUGUGCUGGCCAAGGCACUCAAACGGGGGCUCCUCUACCAGGAUGAAAACAUUGUGGUGAUCAACAAACCUUAUGGUAUCCCCGUUCAUGGUGGUCCCAGGGUCAAGAGGUGCAUCUCAGAUGUGCUGCCGAUCCUGGCAAAGAUGUUGGAUGGCAUGAAAGCCGAGCCCCUGCACCUGUGUCACCGGCUGGACAAAGAGACCACGGGGGUGAUGGUGCUUGCCCGGGACCAGGGCACUGCACACCAAGUCCAGGAGAUUUUCAGAACUCGACAAGUGGAGAAGAAGUACUGGGCAAUCUGUAUUGGACAACCAGACCCAUCAGAGGGGCUGGUGGAAAUUCCCAUUGUGGAGAAAGAAGUGAAGAGCCAGCAGAAGCACCAUAAGAUGACACUUGCUCCAAACUAUCGCAUAUCCGAUGAGGAUGGGAAAGUGUUCAAAGUGCGCAAACACAGAGAUGCCCACGUGGCUGUGACCAAGUACAAAGUGCUGAGCAGCUAUACUACUUGUUCCUUACUGGAAUUGCAGCCAGUCACAGGAGUGAAGCACCAGCUGAGAGUCCAUUUGGCCUACGGCAUCGGCUGUCCUGUACUUGGGGAUCACAAAUACUCCCACUGGAGCAAGCUGGCACCACAGAAGCUUCCCGUAGGGACAUUGAAGAGACUAGGCUUGGAACAAACCAAAGCCCGCCAUCUUCCCCUGCACCUCCAUGCUUGCCAGCUCAUCCUGCCAGAUCUCAAUGGCAAUGGGGAGAAGAAAAUCAAUUUGGUUUGUAAGCCACCGCUCUUCUUCUUACGCUCCUUGAAGCGACUAAAGCUGAAGCAUCCUCGGCUGGAGGAACAGUGAGCAAAGAUGGUGGUAGCUAAAACUGCUUUGCUGAAGAAACAUUUUACUAUGGUCCUUGUGGUACUGGGGCUUCCACAAUAGGGUAGAGCACUCUGGACCUCAGGGUAGCCAAGUGCAAUGGAGAUCUGUUUUUCUUGGGAAGCUUGCAGCCCUCUGGAGAACCUUCAUGGCCCUGGCAGCUGAAAACAGCACUGACAGUGAAGAUGAGGAUCUCCAAGACCUAUCUUUUGAGUCUGAGAUAAAACAUGACAACUUUGACUGCAAGAUUGUGCAAGCCAAGUUACAUCACUUGGUUACUGAAACAAUGCUUAUUUGUAAAGUGUUUCGGCUUGGGAACCAAGAGGCAUCAGAAAGCAUGUCAAACAAACUGCUGUUCUGCUGAAAUAACAACAGUAACAACAAUAACUUGAUCUGCACGAAAUGGAUGUCACCUAACUGGAGCAGGGAUUAUUUUCUUUACAGCUAAGAGGCAGCCAGGUGCUCCACACAGCCAGGAUUGUGUAGUGCAUCCUUCCCUCCACCUGGUGACUGUCAGACAGGCGUGGCUGCAGUGCCCAGCCUUGGCAGCCAGCACCAGGCUGGGGAGAGACUGAGCUGUGAAUCAGGGAGCCCCUGGUUGGAGUUGUGCCUCUUCGUUGAACUCCCAAGAUCUGAAAUGCCAGUCUCUCCUAGCCAACAUUAUCAUCACCCCACACCCAGUCUGCACCAUUCAUUUCUAUCAUGGGGAUAAUAACCCUGAUGUGCCUCCAGAAAUUAAUGCACACCAAAUGGGCCAGCAAGGUUUGCUGCAAUAAGCUGCCCUUGCCGUUAUGGUUACAUUGCACCGUGUAAGACAGACGUUGAGUCCUGGCAGUGUGUGCAUACGGUCAAAACAAACAGCGCGUUGCUCCCUUGUUGCAGUGUGUGCUUGUAUUCAGGUGGAUCUGCUACUCUGCAGAAUGUGUUGUGGUUCACUUAAACAGGGGAAGGGUGGCCACACCCAGUACAACAGGGAGAUUGGCUGCUUCAUGAUUCCUGCAUUGCCCCAGAAGCCGUCACUUGAUUCAAUACAUUUUUUUUGUUUUAAUAAUUAUUUAAAGUAUUCUAAUAAACGUAUCUUAAGCAUUUUUACUAAA